UCUGCUCGAAAAUUUUCGACCUCAAAAUUUCGUUUGGUUAAGGUUCGCACACACCCAAAUACACACCCUUUGUUUUCCUUGCACCAAAGCACCUUCUCUCCUCGUCAAGCUUCAUUUUAACACUACAUGCGUCUUUGACUACAAUUUAUAAAUUUCCAGUCUUUUUGGAUUCCCACGCCACGAUUACUCCCUUGCUGUUCGUGGGUAACUCUCAAUUUAUUAACUUUGCACCUUUUUUUGACAUAAUUUUCAUCUGGGGAAGUUAGUUUUGUGGUUGUGUUGAGGAAGAGGAUGGUAGGUGGUGUAUCUGUUGUGGGGGACUCACACACUGGCCCAUGUUUGUGCGUGGAUGCUCUGGUCACAACUAGUGUGAAUCUCAAGAGUGGCGGAGAUGUUGUUUUGUGGAAGAAGAAGAAGCAUUUGGUGAGGCGUGGAACGAUGGAACUUAGCAGUUCCUUCGUUGAUCCGCGAGAGUGGCGUCUUUGUGUUAAUACAAGUUUCAAUAAGCAGCGUAGAGAUCGGAGAGUGACAACUGUAAACGAGCUCGGUGGCCAAUAUGAGGACACUUUUCAUGAUGUUAAAAAGCAAAUAGUCAAUUAUUUCACAUACAAGGCUGCGAGGACUGUUCUUCAGCAGUUGUAUGAGAUGAACCAACCUCAAUAUAGGUGGUUCUACAAUUUCGUUGCAACAAACAAGCCGGCAGAUGGUAAACGUUUUUUACGAUCCCUCGGGAAGGAGCAACAGGACCUUGCUGAGAGAGUAAUGUUAGCACGGCUUCAACUUUAUGGUAAAUGGGUCAAGAAAUGUGAUCAUGCUGAGAUAUAUCAAGAACUCUCUGAUGAAAACUUGGAGUUGAUGAGGGAACGGCUCAUGGAAACUGUAAUAUGGCCUUCAGAUGACACAAACACAGAAAAAAUUGGCUAAUAAGUUCGGACCUUUCAUGUCAUCUUUUCACUUCAGUCUCUUACUCUUUUUACCUCUUCCUAGUCUAGGUAUAAUUGUGGUUUCAAUACCUGUCCGUUUCUUUCUAAAUGCGUCAUUUGUGUCAUUUUCCCUUAAUUGGAUUGCCUGUAUUAUGUUCUGCAAAUUGUGUAUAUCUAUCUCUAUGCCGUUUCAAAUACACAAUCCAUUGUUUAGAUAGUUUGAAAUGGAUUUACCAGAGGGUUAAAAAAAUUUAGGCAUUUGUUAAGAGUGUUUGUUACCAAUCUCUA